AUGGACGACGAUAGCGACGACCCGCGCCAGGACGAGCUCAGCUCUUUGCAGGCAAUUUUUCCCGAGAUCGAGCUCGACGACCACAAGCCCUUUUGCUUCACUAUCGAGCUACCCGUUCAUCCCGCGAAACCCGUAACGGUCACCUUCCCGGCCGCCUCUAAUGCCGACGACACAGCCGCCGCCCAGGUUCCCGGCGUCGAACCUCGAGUCGACUCCCACGAGCUCUCGCACCUUCCGGCCGUCGUGAUCCGCAUGGGUUUGCCCAAGGGCUAUCCCUCCGACAAGCCCCCGAGCGUCAGCAUUAGCACAUCGCCGCCGUGGAUUUCCGAAGAUGUGACCAAGAAGUUGGAGGACGACGGACCGAGAUUAUGGGAGGAGAUGGGUCGCGACAUGAUCGUCUUCUCUUACAUUGACCAGAUCCAGCAAGCGGCUGACGAGGUGUUUGGAAUGGUGGAUGAAGCUGGCGCGCUGGAGAUCGACCCGUUACACAAGAUUGCCAUUCUGGACUACGACAUUGAGGCUGCUCGGGCGGCAUUCGAGAAGGAGACCUUCGAUUGUGGUAUUUGUCUCGAUCCCAAGAAGGGUGCAAUGUGUCACAAGAUGCUUGAUUGCGGGCACAUCUUCUGUACUCAGUGCUUGCAGGAGUUUUACAGUAAUGCUAUUACGGAAGGAGACCUGGCGACCGUCCGCUGCCUCGCUCCGAAUUGUUCCAAAGAGCGCGCCGAAGCGGCACGAGGCCCGGGCAAGAGCAAAAAGAGAAAGGUCAAAACCUCGAUCAGCCCUAGUGAACUGCUCCAGAUGGGACUGCCCCAAGAUACGGUGACUCGCUACGUGACGCUCAAGUACAAGAACGAGCUCGAAUCCGACAAGGACACGAUCUACUGCCCCCGGUCGUGGUGCCAGGGCGCGGCCAGGUCCAAGAAGCACAGGAAGCCCGAGGGACUUGAGACGAUCGAUGAGAGUUUAGAUGAGGAGACGGAAGACGAGACUGACGCUGACGGAGAAGACGGAGGGGGCGAGAAGAAGAAGAAGAAGGUGAAGAAGAGCUUCGAGACUGGAGAUCUGCUGGCCAUCUGCGAAGACUGUGGCUUCGCUUUUUGCAGCCGCUGCUACCAGUCAUGGCAUGGCGAGUUCAUCAGAUGUACGCCCAAGCGAGACACGGGCGAGCUCUCCGAAGAGGAGCAGGCCUCGAUCGAUUACAUCAAUCUGCACACAACGCCUUGCCCUACGUGUGGUGUACCAGCACAGAAGACUCACGGCUGCAACCACAUGAUCUGCUUCCGCUGCGCCUCCCACUUUUGCUAUCUAUGUUCGGCCUGGCUCGACCCGAGAAACCCAUACGCCCAUUUCAAUGAACAGCCCAAUGGCAAGGUCACUUCCUGCUAUAUGCGCUUGUGGGAGCUUGAAGGUGGCGAUGGCGACAAUGUCGACAUUGGCUACGCUGGUGGAGCUCAACCAGUGCAGAUCGAGCGGCUUUUGGAGAUGCCGUUUCCUCCCAGGGAGCCGGUUCAGGUUAUUGACCUGGUUCCCGAGAUCGAAGAGCCGGAUGACAGCGAUUCAGAUGCGGAGGCGGACCAGCCAGCACGUCCUCCGGCGGCGGGUGGUGUUGCUCGAGAGGGACCGCUCGUUUUACGUAUAGAAGCCAAUCCAGCUCCCAGGGGAGGUCGAGGAGGAGCAGGAAUCGGAGCAGCACUUCACGGUCCCAUCCCGCCGGCCGCGCCGCAGGCACCGCCUGCUCCUGCGAGAAGAGGGUUCCCAGCGGCUCGAGGCGGACGUGGCGGACGUGGAGGUCGUGGUGGUGGUCGUGGUAAUAACAGAGGCGGAGCUGGACAGAACCAGCAGCAGGAGGCUCGACGGGGCGGCGCGCCCCGUCGGCAUGAAGACCUUGACCCCGAUAUGAGAGAGGGUCUGGGUGCCGGCGAGCUCGACGCAGCGCAGCAGGCUUGGAUCAGAAACUUUGUUCAAAUGGCGUUGGUGGACCAGGAAGAGGACAGCGACGAUGACUGA